AACAAACAUCCACACCUGACACGUAAGCAUCUCUUUCUAACAAAAUUAUAUAAGUUGUAUUGAUUAUAUUGUUCUUCUUUCACAAUAGGCCGUUAACAGUAGAUGAGGAGACAAACGAAGAAGCUUCCAAUAACAAUAAUAAUGUUGAUAACAAAGGCAGUGGAAGCCUCAAUAGUAGCAGUAACAGAAGAGGGGGAGGAGCAGCAGUUAAUCAAGGCGGAAUGGGUAACUCUGUAGCAACACUAAAGGAUAUCAUGAAGUACAAAGACGUUAAAGUUAGAAAAUGGGAAAAGAAGCCAUUAGUGUUUUAUACAUUAGAAGGGUUCGAAGUGAACGUUUCUAGCUGGCAGUCCAAUGAAAAGAUGGCAAUUAAUGAUCACACUACAGAACCUAUUACAGUUGCUGAAAUUGAUCAAUUGUUCUCAUCCACAACAGGCGAAAAGGAUUUCCGACCGUUCUUAUGUACUCAGCCUGGUUGUUCCAAAUCCUUCACUUCAUUUGAUCAGUUACAAACUCACGAAACUAAUAUGCACGGAACAAAGAAACUUGUCUGCGGUAUAGAUGGUUGUCAUAAGAGUUUUGUUACGCCAGGUCAAUUAACAAAACAUCGAAAAAUGGUGCAUUUUCGCGCCGCAAGAAAGGCUAAAUUGGCAGCGGCAGCGGCAGCAGCAGCAGAUUCAAAUAGUACUAACGGUGGUGACAAUGACAAUAUUGACAAGGAAGACGACAUAGGUACUCCAACGACUAUAGGAAAUGGUGGUGACAAUGAGAGUUUAGAUAUUUCCAACACUCCAUCUUAAAACAAUAUAUUUUCAUGGCAGCUUUGAAUGUUCAGUACAAUUUUGUUACCAUAUUCGAUAAUGAUCAUGAUGGGAUAAUAGCAAUAAAACUUCGUUAAAAUUGCUGUUUGUAAUCAUUA